AUGAGUGAAAAGUCUACAUUUAUGCCAAUUGAGGAUGCCGUUGCGCAUUUCAGGCAGAACAAAUUUCUGAUUGUUAUGGAUGAUGAGGGUCGGGAGAACGAGGGAGACUUGAUAUGUGCUGCUGCUAACGUUUCUACGGAAGCUAUGGCUUUUUUGGUUCGCCAUUCGUCGGGCUACGUCUGCGCUCCAAUGUCGAACGAGAUCGCCGAUAAGCUUGAUCUGCCAUUGUUACGUACUGGGAUGAAAUACGAAUCCAAUGCUGACGAUAGACACGGAACCGCUUAUACGAUCACCGUAGACGUGGCCGAGGGAACAUCUACGGGUAUAUCAGCUCAUGAUAGAGCACUUACUUGCAGGAGGCUAGCCGAGCCAACUGCUAAAGCUACCGAUUUUUUGAAGCCCGGUCAUAUUUGUCCCCUGAGGGCAGCUGAUGGCGGCGUUUUGAAGAGAAGGGGCCACACCGAAGCUGCCGUCGACCUUUGCAAGUUGAGCGGGCUGCCACCUGUAGGUGUCAUUUGCGAACUUGUGAAAGACGAGGACGGAUCAAUGAUGAGAUUAGACGACUGCCGGGAUUUUGGUGCAAAGCACAACAUCCCUUUGAUAACGAUUGAGCAACUUGUUCAAUAUUUGGAGAGCAUCCAGUAG